AUAACAAGUCGUUCUCGAGCUCUCUCAAUCCGAAUCUCUGAUUGAAAGAAGAAGAAUUACUUUAUUUCAAGAAUUGAGUAAACAUAAAAGAAAAAAAUGGCAUCAUGGAAGAAAACAAUCGCAACACCAUUCAAGAAAGCGGCAACAUUCUUCAACCAACCGCAACAAUCACCAAAGAAGGGUUGUCGUGGAAGAAUGGAUGCGAAAGCAAGGGAAGAGCACGAGAAGAGAAUGGUUCAAGAGCUCCAAGGAGAAGUCAUGGCUUGUGGUUACGACGACGUCCUCGUCAUGUGGUCUAUUCUUGACAAAUCUAACUCCUCAAAUAACCUCUCUUGUUAAUCCCAAAACCAAACACAAAAAUGGUAUUAUGAUCAAAUCUAUUGUACAUAUCUUAAAAGUGGUAUUAGCCCACCUCAACCAUCUCCUCCUCUUCCUCUUCGUCCUUAUCCUUUUUUUUAAGGUCUAGUGAAAAUAUUUUUUCCGACGGGUUUCCGUCGAGAAUUUAGAUGGUACUAUUUUCCCCUUUGAUAAUCCCUGAGAGUAAAUCACGGUGGGGUUUUUUUUUUGUAUUUUGGAGAAAAAAAUGUCUUUCUUGAAUUCACAUAUCAUUUGUAUGAGAUGAUUAGCAUUAUUUGAAUGAGAAUUCAAGUUAUUAGUUCU